UUACCAGCAUGUUUGUUUGGGCCAAUGUAGAGGUCAACUUUGGUGUGGUUGCAGCUUGCGCACCUUUAUUACGGCCGUUGUUUUCGAUGUACACAGUGGGUCAAUGGGCAAGAUCUGACAAAUAUGAACCGCACAAAAAGCGUUUCUUUGGUGGGAACCUGCAUGCCAGCAGGAAACAGGAAAAGCUGCAAGACUCGGUGCCCAGCCUCCUCAUCUCGACGAGGUUGAACAGCAAGAAGAACAAUGCCAGUCGUAACAGCACAACCGACAGUAGCCAGACUAGGUCGAUGAUGGAAUCAAGAGCAACGGUACACCCAGUGUCCGUUUUGGACGAUCCCGAGUAUUACCAAGUCCCCGUUAUGAUACCCGAAACAGUCCUCGAAACGCCUGAGCAUAUGGCGACGGAGGAAAACUUUGUGUGCCAAGAGAGAAGCAGGUUGAAACCCAUACCAGGAGUUGAGGAUAUCGAGGGAAUGUCUUGGGAUAUAUGGGCUGGCCCUACCGAUAACAUCCCAAACCUUCCCAAGCCGCCGCGCGCUGUUUAUCCGGGUGACGCAAGUAUCGAGGACAGUCCCAACCUUCGAUUUCUUACCGUCCACCAUAUUGUUUGAGCCCCAACGCCGGCUAAGCUCUACUACGAGCCCCUGCAAGAUUUGGGUGCAAACCUCUGACUACCACGGUCACCACGUAUGAACCGCGGUUCGAACAGCACCGCCCGGGCGACGGUCCACCCCUCCCGCGCCGAGAUACUGCUAAGCACCUGGGCAAGCAACUGUGCACAUAUGCUCACCGCAUACAGUCGAGUUGGGCGAUCGGAUGCAUCUGAUGUGCCCAGCACUUAUCUAGCGAAAGGGUCCCGGGGCUUAUGCGAGGAUCAACACCUGCCUUCAGGACAAGAUGGUAAAAUUCUGGGCCCCCAACAGAGAAGGGAUGGGACCAAGAAAUAUUCAGUGAGGAGCACAUGCAUGAUUAUGUGCUAAACAGCACCUGUGAUGACAGCAUUGGAUUG